AACUUUUUCGUUCAAAAACUUAAUGCUAAUACUUAGCUGUCACGUCAACUCUUCUGUCAAUUUUAUAAGCUGAUCAUGUUAUUUCUUAUUUAUUUAUUAAGUUUUUUAUUACAUUUUACAACGAGCAGGGUCAAUAAGAAUUUAAAAAUAUCGUGUGGCUUGGACGAAGUUACAAGAGAUUCUGUAGCAAUGAGGUUUUAUGUACAAAUUGAAAACACAGGUAAUGACUGCAAGGUGGAAUGCAUCCCAGGCAGAUGCUGCACAGAGCAGGGGGAUGAGGAGAAUUGCGACGUACUGAAGUUGUUUGGAGGCUGCCUACAGAAUGUUCCCUCAGGUGAGAGCAGGACAGUGCGAUUAGCUGCGCCUCUUCUCGAACCUUUCGAGAGGCGUGGCUUCUGCGUCGUACACGUGAAUUCAAAACUCAAAGAUCACCCACUAUACCGAGACACAGUGACCAUACUUUUCGACACCGGCCGACCCUCUGACGUCACACCCUGCGCGCGCGACGACCAAGAUGCACUCAACGACUGCCAGCCAGUCAACUGUGAAACUUAUUACAACGGGCACAAGCCUCAUUUUAGCAAGCGCCUAAAACGAUGUCUCGCAGCAGUCGCCUGCUCCGAAGAUUAUAUUUACAAUGAGGAUUUGAACAGAUGUGUUAGUCCAAUCACUGAUGAGGAUAUUAAAGAAAUCGAGUCCUUAAGUAAUGAAAAUAUGAUGAGUAGUCAAAACAAAAUUGUGGUUGCAAAUAAUACGAAAACUUUAAAUUUAGACGUUAUUAAAGAGAAAAGGGAUUUGGAUAUAUCACAGAAUAUCAUAGAGGAUUAUGACGUGCACAAAUUACCAAUAAAGUUUUUAGCCUGUUUGAAAUCGCCAAAUAUAUUGCUUUGUGUAAUAUGCAUGCAAUGCUGUUUCGUUCUUUUGUUAGCUUAUUAUGUUAGAGACAGAUGUUGGUGUGUUAGUAAAGAUAAAGAGGUUUUGAAUAAGUUUUAUAACUACAAACAAGAGGAAUCUAUAACUACGCCUUUAAUAAGCGUAAGCCGUGGAACUGUAACUACGUGUCAAUUCCAAACUGAUUCUUCAUCCAACAUUGACAGGAAGAUACAAUUUUAUAAAGCGUGCCAAGACAAGAGAGCUAAAGCCAGCAUGUCAGACGAUAUUCUAUCAAGAUGUCUUAAAAGACGCGACUGGAUAGCGAAGCCUAAAUCUUCAGAACUUAUAAAAAGUAAAGAAUUUGGCAUACAAGUUUGUGAUACAGAGAAAUCGGGAAUCGAAAAAACUAGCACAAAACAGGAUAUGUUACCGGCAAUAUCAUCAGAGCAGCAAGUGAAGUGUUUUGAAUAUGAACCUCAUAAUUUCUACACGAGAUAUGUAACAGAACUUCAGAGGACUCAUUCAUUGGCAGACAAUUGCGCACAAGCUAGUUUCCCGAAAGAUUCUAUAGAUGAUUUUUUAUCAGAACGAUGUCACACACAGUCUAAUUCAAUAUCGGGAUCUAGUGGGACUUCUAAGAGUAAUUUAGACAAGGUUCUUUCGUUGCUGUCGCAGAAGAUAGGGCCGUUAUCAGGGCCUGGGAGCGAGGAAGUGGAGCUGUUACAUAUGCCGCGGGCGACAGUUUAUUCUUCUUCAAACGAAUCAGAUUAUGAGACUAAGAGGAUUAAAGAAUCUAGUAGUUCUCUGUAGC